AUGGAAGUGCUUACAAAGUCGCCUGCUGAGCAGAUCAUUAUUCAAAAAGGGAAAGCUGGAAAGAGCAACGGCCGAAUGAUGAAGCACCAUUCUCAAGAGCCAUCAACAUCCUCCUCCAAGGAAUCGAAAUACGUGGAGAUUUAUGAUUUCCCUGGAGAGAGAGAAGAGAGUCCCCAGACUCUAGAACUGACUUUGGCAGGGAAUGGAAGUAAAGUGGCCUUUAUCAGACCUAAAAAUGGAUCUUGUGGGAUCAGUGAGGUUAACAGAUUGGCUAACAAUAUGCUGGCAGACAAAUCUGCAAAUCAAGCAUCCCAGGACUAUAAAUCUAAAAUGCGAGGCACUCCUUCCCCCAUGGGAACGAAGGCUGAUCAGGUGGGGGGAAGCAUCACUGGCACCAGCCCAGGAGGGUCUAAUGAGAACACUUUGUCCCCUAGUAUUUCCAACAUUCAGCUUUACACAAACGGCUGUCCAGAAUCAUCCUCAUCCUCUUGUCCUUCACCAGUACAAACCACAGGCAGCUUUCCAAAAAUGGAUGACAUGGGAACAGAGGGGAAAACCUCCUCUUCUUCAUUUGGAUAUGAAAGCGAUGAGGAUGACGAUGUGGACUGUAAAGAAAUCUGCCUGGGUAACAAGAGAGGUGGGUGCAGGCAUGCUUCACAACUGCUGCAGUCGCAACACAGCUACACCAGUGAAACCAACAGUAACAAUAACGAUGAAGCACAUUAUAUUACAACCCAUGAAAUCCAGCUUAGCGAAGUAGACCAUGACAUGGACUUUGAUUAUGGAUUAGCUUCUCGAUGGGACUUUGAGGACAACAAUGUGAUUUAUUCCUUUGUGGAUUAUGCUUCCUUUGGGAGUGAAGAGACCCUUGCAGACACACAGACUGAAGAGGACAAUAGCUGUUAUCUUAGCACGACUACCAGUGAUCCCAAUAAUCAGACAGACAGUAUUGAUAAUACCAGCAGUACAGAGAUAGUCAGCAUUAAUUCUGAAAAUGAUACCCCUAGCACAGACAAAUGCGCCAGCUCGGAAGAAAGUCAGUCCAAGAACCUCAGCAACAUGAGUGAGAAUUCUGCAGGCCAGAUACUCCUAUCAAUCAAACCAACUUCCAGGGCUAUAAAUGAGCCUAGCAACCAGCACGAAAAGCAAAACAUUAUUUAUGCUGCCAAGCAUGAAGGCGACAUGAGCCUCUGUGUCUCCACAGCUCAUGAACGAAAUGCAAGUUUAAAACAAGAUGUGUUUCAUGACUAUGCAAAAAAAUUCAUUGCAGUACCUGCACGCUUACAAACAAAGUGUGGAGCCAUAAGAGCAAGGGAACUGGGAGGAUAUUCAAGCGGUGCUUCCAGUGUGGUGAGUGAACUGGAUGAUGCAGACAAAGAAGUAAGAAGCCUGACAGCAAGGGCGUUCCGGAGCUUAGCUUAUCCCUACUUUGAUACCCUGAACCUGAGCUCCAGUGAAUCCUCCACAUCACUUUCAGAUCAUACCCUGGGAAUCAACCGGUGGUCAACUUACUUGGACUUAAAGUGUGGGAGCCUCGGGCAGAAAGCAGAACAAAAUCUUUUCAAAAGCAGCACCGCAUCUGCUGGAUGGAACAAAAGCACUGGGGCAAAGGCAUCCAGCGACCAGUUCUACAUUCACUCCAAUAAGUCGCAGACUAAAGCGUUAGAGUUUGUUGUCAGCAAGCUUGAUGGGGAAAUAACGCACGUUGAAACACCGCCUUGCUUCGAGAAACGGAUCCAGUCAGGCUCCCGGGUUGUUACUUUGUUGGAGACUUUGAAUUUCAGCAGCAAUAUUAACGCGGGUGUCCCCAGACCUGCUAAACCUUUGGAAAAUGCUGCUGCUGGAUCAGGUUGCACAGAUGAGAUUACAGAAACACUGCCAAGGGAGCCGGGCAAUGAAGCUAGCAAACAAACUGGGCUGGCUGCAGAAACCAUGGAGGGCACACAGAAGAAGUCAAAAUUUGCCUCUAGCCUCCUCAAAAAUGUUAUCUCCAAGAAAAUGCAACUGGAGCAUGAGUUCAAAAUGGAAAGGGGAGAGAUCACAGACAACACAUAUUCUGGUAUGUCCAACUCUUUAUCUUCUAAAGAGGUGGAUGCCACCUCCAAGGAGAAGCUAAGAGAUGGGGGUUUGCAGAGACAGAAUUCUAGGUAUUCAGAAGGCAGCUCUGACUACACUAUUGUAACAGCAGAUGAUUUGGGAGAGUUCUUUGAAAGCAAGUCCCCUACCUCCAAGCGGUCUACUCCCUGGGAGGGAAAUAUUAGCCUGGAACGAUCCAUUUCAGAAACACAGUUGGAAGAGGCAUGCAAAAUAAAAGAGAGUGCUUCUGAAACUCUCAAGGCAACUUUCCUUCGUAGCCAAAACAGUGCAUUUAGAACAUGGAAAGAAAAAGAAGAAGGAAAAAAAGAGAAAAAAGAGGAGAAGGCGCUGGUGGGGAAAUUGAAAACUUCACCCAAAAGUGACUGGAAGGCUGAUUUAGGAGAAAUCUCAGCCAGCAAGUCGACUAAAAUGUCUCGCCUCUUUGUCCCAAAUAUUCAGCAAACAAACAAAGAAAAGCAGUCCAGCAAACAGGUGACAAAAUAUUCUACUGCAACCAGUGCAGAAGCUCAGACUGCCAUUGCCACUACGAUGAUAAAGCCCAAAGCUCCUGAGAUCAAGAUCAGUUUGGGCAGCGUGCAGCAGAAUAAAGAUCACCCUUUCAAUAUUGCUAAGCUCCUCACUCCUAAGAUAGCUGGAAAUGUCCCAAACUUCUUCAAGGCAGUUGAAGAUACCCGAUGCCAGCAGCAAAAACAAUUUAAAGGUGAGGGUGUGGAUAAAGUGCCCCAAUUCCUGGUUCGUGAUGUAAGAGAAACUAAGCCCAAGGUCCAAGGGCCUAUUCAUCAGGUGAGAGAUGUCAGAAAGCUAAUUAAAAGCAACUAUGGCCACGAGUCUGGUGAUAACAACAGUGACAGAGGCAGCGUCAACUCUGAUCAGGGAACCUCUGAACAGAAAUCCAAGCAGCUGUUGACAGCCGGCAUUCCCAGGCCUCUGUCUCCCAUGGUGAUAACUUGCCAGGCCGUAAGCAACAGCAAGGAGGACAAGAUGUCCAGCAAGACUACAGAGAUGGGGGCCAAAGCAAGCAGUGGUGGCAAGAUGUUGCCUUCCAGCCAAGAAGGGACAAUCCUGGUGCACAGGACCUCAGGUAGGCUGCCCGUGGCCACCAUCGCCCCUAACAAAAGCGACCCUCGUCAGCCUGCUGUGCUGAAGAUAGUCUCCAAAACAUCUAGCAGCAAGGUAGGACAACUGGUGGUGGCGGGGGAAGAGGACCUUUCCCGGGAGGAGAUGCCCAAAUCAUCUGUCGCCGUGAACCACCAAGCUCUGGAGAAGCUGACGGCCGCCGUCCGGAGCAUGGAGGAGCUCUACAGCUUCAACAAGAACGAGUGGAAGCGCAAAAGCGACCCCCUGCCCAUCACCGACAGCCACGUCUUGUCCCUCAUCGCCAGCGAGGAACGGGCCACCGGGCCCACGUCCAGCGCCCGGGAGGAGUCGGCCGCUAGUGCCAAGGCAGAGGACCAGGCCGCCGGCCGGAGCGUGCGGCCCACGCCACCCCCCAGCAGCGGCACCGCCACGAGCAGGGAGCGCCAACCGCGCAGCAGGACCGCCAACCCGGCGAAGGCCGCUGAGAAGGUCUCGGCCAAGGCGGCGGCCUUCGAGGACCUGGCCCAGGCCCAGGAGCGGCCACGCGGGCUGGGCUCCCGCGGGGAGGCGGCCGUGGAGAGGGCCAGGGCCGCAGCAGUGCCCCGCGGCACCCUCGCCUUCAACGCCCAGAAGGCCAAGCCUCCUCCAGAGCCCUCGCCACCGCCACGAGGCCUCAAAGGGCAGGCUAGGCCUCGCGCCACCAAACUAGGCCCUGCGGAGCCGGACCAGGGCCCCAGGUUGGCGGCGGCUCCCGACUGCGGGGACUACUUGGCCAUCCCGCUCAAGGCGUCUUCUCCUGAGGCGCAGAGGGCGGGAGGCGAAGGCGGCAGCUCGGGCCUCCCUUGCGGCCACCUCAGGAGCCAAGGAGGCGCCCACCGGGCCAAGGCGCCGCAGCAGCAGCAGCGUGGGGAGGGAAGCAGAAGCGGCCCCGCCGUCCCUCAGCCGCCUCCCCUUCAGCAGCAGCCCCCGGCGGCGGCGGCGCCUCAGCUGGAAGUGUCCCCCGCCCCGCUCUUCCCUCAGGCCCUGUCCCUGGCCGCCGCCCUGGCAGGCGCCCAGGCCGCCGCGCCUCUGCUCUGCUUCUCGCCUCCCGUGCAGGCCGCGGCCUCCUCCUCCGCCGCCGCCGAGCAGGCCGCUUUCCUGCCCGCCCAGGCCCAGCGCAAAGUGCUGCUGGACCUGAGCACGGGCCAGUGCUACGUGGUGGAGGCGCCCGUGCUGCCGCCGCCGCAGAAGAGGCGCCUCUUCGACCCCGAGACCGGCCAGUACGUGGAGGUGCCCCUGCCGGCCCAGCCGCCGCCGCCGCCGCCCCCCGUGAGCCUCCCCAUGUCCCCGCUGGGCCUGGGCGCGGCGCCGGGGCCUUACGGCGCGCCCGCCGCGGCCUACAUGAUCUACCCGGGCUUCCUGCCCGCCGUCCUACCGGCCGGCGCCUUGCAGGCCUCGCUCGGCCCGCAGCCCGCCGACCUCGGUGCUCCCGGGGCGGAGAGCCCUUAUUACAGGCCCACGGGCCAAGCGGCCCAGCAGCCGCAGCCGGCGGGAGGCGGGGAAGGGAAGGCGCCGCCGCUCCUCAGCCUCGCCCCGCAGCCCCUGGGUCCCAGGAUCAUCGCGCCGCCCUCCUUCGACGGCACCACCAUGCGCUUCGUCGUGGAGCACCGGUGA